CCAAUAGAUAGCGCUAAAGAUACAUAGAAUAUGUAUCUGUUUACAAUAAGAAUUUUAAAUUUAUACAUUUGAUAAAUUUAACUUAAAAAAUGAAAGUGAAAAAAGCUGUAAAAGCAUCAUCGUCUUCCGAGUCCGAUUCGGAAUAUAAUUCAUCAGACGAAGAAUUGAGGCAAGCUUUUGCAGAAGGUUUAUUAAAACCUGGUCUAAAUGUAGUUGAAAAAAAUAAAAAAACACCAAAAAAUUGCGUUUCUCUUAUGAAAAAGAAGCUAGAAGAAAUUAAAUUGAAUUUACCAUGGAUUGAAAGAUUAGACUUGACUAAUGCACCAGCACCUUUAGCGCCAGAAUUGGCAUUGCAAAUGCAAGAACAAGAAGAUAGACGUGCGAAGCAAUUGAAAGGGAAUAAAAAAUUACCUCAAUAUGAUCCAGCAGAUGAUCCUGUUCUAAAUGAUUUUCGUAGAGAAACGAUGUUUCAUAGACAGGCACAAGCUGCUGUUAUGGAGGGUAUUGCCCGAUUAAAGAAACUUGGUAUUCCAACAACUAGACCAGACGAUUAUUUUGCUGAAAUGGCAAAAUCGGAUGCUCAUAUGCAUAAGGUCAGAGAAAACCUAAUGAAACAACAGACAAUAGCGCAAAGAUCAGAAAAGGUUAGGCAAUUGAGACAACAGAGGAAAAUAGGAAAACAAAUGCAAAUAGAAGCAACUUUGAAAAAACAUGCAGAAAAGAGAAAAUUAUUAGAAGAGGUCAAAAAGUAUCGUAAAGGUGUGAGAAAAGAUCUUGAUUUCUUAGAAGAUAAACAGAAACCUCAAGGCAAAGCAGUGGAUCAAAAAGCAGCAGCAAAACGUAAAAUGAGGGAUGCCAAAUUUGGUUUUGGUGGUAAAAAAAGAGGUAGCAAAAAAAACACAAGGGCAAGUUCCGCAGAUGUGUCAGAAUAUAAAAGACCUUCACUACCAGGAAAAGAUUCGAAGAAAAAAAAAGGAAAAUCAAAGCAGAGAUUAGGAAAAAGUCGUAGGAUACAGAUGAAAGCAAAGAAAAAACGUUAAUAGCGAUAAAUUAAUUGAC